ACACAGAAGUAUCUUUAGGUCUUUUCAGAGUGGUUAUAUACUGCAACACACAUGUAUCCCUCACAGUCAGUACAUCAGUAGUUGUUAACACAUUCAUUGAACCAUGCAUUGGACUGCCAAGAUCACCGUCGCUCUCCUGAAUGUGGCGUGGAUUUUCUUCUUUUUGCAAGCAGAUCCUUUCUCAGUGUUUGUGGAGAGAAGGAGCUCGGCUGAAGAGAUGCUGUUUGGAGAGUUUUGUCUUCACCUGCAGUCCGAUACGAACCCGACAUCAACUCCACAUUCAGCCAUCGACACCUCGGAUAAAACCAAUGACACAAACACAACAGCUGAAGCAGCCACGAAGAGCAACUCGACAUUACAUCGAAGUGCUUCCGAGAAGACCAGAAAUCCACAAAACUGUCAUUGCAACAACACAAAAAUUUUACAAAAUGAUUCAGAGUUUGUGAGUGUAGACGUCAGACCUCUUGCACCAGGAUGUGAGCCCAAGAUAAUCAAGACAUAUACCAACAUGGAGGUCUGCAUGGAUCUAGAAGCUUUAAUUGGUCUGCUCGCUCCAGACUUGGAUGAGACGACUCCAGCCACUCCUGAUACUCUGGGAGCAACUUCCUCAGAAGUCACCACAGACUCUGGGAUGACUGAAAGCAGCACCUCAGCAGCUUCUCUUUUUACAAACACCCAUCGUUCAACUGCUCCUGUCCCUCCGCAGGACAAUCAGAACAGACCAGAAGAGAGAGCUAGACCGCCUGUGGUCAAGUGCUGCUUCAGAACUUCAUUAUCGCAGAUUCCUGUCUCAAGGAUUAAGCAUGUAUUGGUACAGAAGCCUCCUCAGUGCCCCAUACAUGCAAUCAUAAUAGUAACUAAAGAGGGCAGGGAAAUCUGUAUGGAUCCAGAGAGUGUGUGGAUUAAAAAGUUAUUGAAAGCCUUCAAAAAGAUGACAACUGUUGAAGUAGAGCCGUUGUUGGCCUAGCGGUCAGGUCCUGUCCCAUGUACGGAAUGUUCCAAUUCUCCAUCCAUUCAUUCAACCUUCAUCUAUUCUCAACAGAUCAUCACAUAUUGUUUGUGUGUUUUAUAUUCUGUUUUUUUUUUUUUUAUUAACCCUUGGGUAUCAAUCUGGACAUUUUUCUCCAAAAAGGUGAAUUGUAAAACAGUUUUUUGUUGUUUAUUUUAGCGUACACCUCAUCAAGUAAAACACCUUUUCUGAUUGGACAAAGUGAAAAUGUUGUUGUUGUGAGGGCUUGUGUUAGUGCUUCAUACGUGUUCUCUCACUCUUCCUCCUCUACUCCUCUAAUCCACACAGCAACAGCCACAUUAGUCGACACAAGUUGUCAAUCAUGGCGUUUAACUUCUAAAAAAAUCAGAAUCAGAAUCAGAAUCGGGGUUUAUUGCCAAGUACAUUUACACAUACAAAGAAUUUGACUUGGU